UCAGGAUGUCUCCAUGGAACACUGCCGAACCAUACUGCCUUCUGACCACCCUGUGCCGGCUAAAGCAGAAAAAAAAACAGCAAAACGCGCGCCAAGCUUACAACGAACAGUUGAUAAUAGCAGAUUUUAGUAGAUAAUAGUAGAUUUCCGAACGAGAGAGAGCGAGUGACUUGCGCGCAGAAGGGUUAAAGUGAAAAAAAAUUACGAUGUCUCGGGGGCUUAAACUCUACUAUGACUUCAUGUCUCAACCAUCCCGGGCACUGUACAUCUUACUGGAAGCUAAUAAAAUUCCGUACCAACGCUGCCCGGUUGCGCUGCGAAAGUUUGAACAGAAAACGCCGGAGUACCGGGCCAACGUGAACCGCUUCGGCAAGGUACCGUGUAUCGUCGAGCAGGAUAGUGACUUUCGGCUGGCGGAAAGUGUGGCCAUCUAUCGAUACCUUGCCCGUGAGUAUCGUCUGUCGGACCAAUGGUACCCGCUUGGGGAUUCAAUUCGCCAGGCCCGGAUUGACGAAUACCUGUCCUGGCAGCACCUAAACCUGCGGGCUGACGUAUCGCUAUACUUUUUUUACGUCUGGCUGAACCCGCUCAUGGGUAAGGAGGUCGACCCGGACAAGGCGGAUCGGUUGCGUCAACGCCUAACCCAAGGGCUGAACUUUUUCGAGCGGGAAAUGUUGCGGGACGGUGCAAGUGGACCGACCCUAACCGGUGGAGACACCCUCACAGUGGCCGAUCUGUCGGCGGCCUGUGAAAUCGAGCAGGCCAAGAUUGCAGGGUACGAUCCGUGUCUCGGGCGGCCACGUAUAGCUCACUGGAUGGCGACAGUACGGGCACACACGAAUCCGCACUACGAUGAGGCACACCGGUUCGUGUACAUGCUUGCACCGGAUCAUAUUGUUACCCCACAGCUGCCGGAAGCGGAGUGAAACUAUUUUGCCUCCUCCUUUAUCGAAAACAGAAUAGUUAGGAGUUUUUUCUAAAAAAAAAAACUCAUUCAAUGUGCAUGCACGGUAUUUGUUGCGCACGAAAUACAAAAGCUAAAUUCAAACUUCAU